AUGGAGGAGCUUCGAAAACCUUGCGAGCGAGAAAUUGUUAGCAGUGAAGCUGAUCCAGCGCUGAAAGUUUCUGGCGGAGAAUGCGUGAUCGCUUCGGAAGAAGAGAGUGGUGGUUCUCUGUACAAAAAAAUGAACCUGUUGAUCGGUCAAUUACCGGCACGAGCACUUAGUCGUUUACCGUUUCAUCCAUUUUUGUUCGAAAGUCCAAAGGAUCUGCAAAAUACUCUACUGCCAAUAAUCCAUGCCGAGCUAACACUGUGCAAUGUUGAAAAUUGGCAAACGUUUAUCCGAGCAAUGCCGAAAAUACAUAUUUCAAAAUCGGAUCUUUUGUCCAGCACUGUGUUGAUGACUGCACAGGCAUGUAUAAAUAAGGCUUUCGAUAUCGACCAAAGUGAUAUUGACAGAAUUAAACAGCUGCUCCUGAAGACCACAAACAGACUCCGAACACUGAAAGGAUUAACAGAUGGAUUCAAACAUUUGCCGCUUUGUGAAAUGAAAUUACGCAUUUUGUCACUGGGAAUUGAUGUUAUCAACGAGUGGCUUGUGGCUUCGCAGCAGCAGGAGCAGGAUAGCGGGGAAAAUGAUUUUUUGGUGGAUUUCCUCCGAAACCUAACCGAGGCGUACAGAAAUUAUAGCACUGAGUAUGUGCUGAAGAAGUUUGGACUGCUGAAGCAGGAAACAUUGGAUUUGGUGUCCGAAACCGAAGACCUCAUCGAGCAUAUUUAUGCAAAUGAGGUUGACUGGAAUAGCCCCAAGGAUGUCGAUGAGAAGACACCGUGUGCAGCCGAGCUCGCCAGAGUUCUCGGGCUUAGUCUGGAUACAAUUCAAGAUAGAGUUAUUCGACGUUGGCUUGAUUGGGACACUCAUAUGGCUGUAGUAUUUGAUCCGAAUGAGACGGGUGGAAGUGAUGCGGCGGAGCUUGCAAUGGUUAUGCAGAAACCAGAAAGUAGUGAAGAAAUAUACAAACUACCUUAUAUGGAUCUUACUGUUUCAAGCACAGAAAUGACUUCUCAUGAGACGAAAAUACGCAGCAUAUGCUGUCUGCUACGAUUGCUGCAAGCCGAGGAAUUUCCGAAUAUAAUGAAGCGCGAUAUAGCGGAUGUUUGCUCAGCGUUGGAAUUCUUGCUGUAUGCUCGAAUGAUCGAUGCGUAUAAGAUUGAAUUGCGCAUGGAGACAUUCCAUAAGACCAACAAAACUGUGUUGCUUAGAUCUCUGCAAAAUAAUAGCAGGCAAACUCCACAGGUUAGCCAGACAGUUUAA